AAUCUUAGAUUUGUAUUCUUUUAAGUUUUCAUAAAUUGUGUUGUUUGUAAUUGUCCGUAAUGAGUAGAAGUGCCCAAAAACGUUAUCAGUGCGCAAUUAUUUUACGCGGCCGCCCAAGUUGUCAGUUCUAAGGAGUCCGUGGUAUACGGCCAACGCUAUUUUUUACAGGCGCGAAUCGCCUUUAGUUUUUGUAUUAUUAAUUGUCAGGCGCUAAUCGCCGUGGAACAUUUGAGUGUAAAUUGUGGGCACGAAUUGCCAAAUUUUUUUUAUUACACACAAUCGAGUUAUUGGAUUAAUUGCGUGAGCGCUAAUCGCCACUGAAAUAGUCCAUUUAUUUUUGAGAGCGCAAAAUCGCCACGUUUUAUUAUUCUUGUUUAGGCACGAUUGCUCGAUUUGCUACCUCGUAUGGUAUUAUUUUAUUUAUCUUAUGAAAUCAUAUAGUAUAUGACGUACAGGUUGCGGCUGGCCAGACCACACACAACAAAGUUUCUCAAAGUGUAAUAGAGAAUUUAUGCCGUUUGUAUUAUUUUAUUGAAAAACGAUCAAAUUGUAUGUUAUCAAAUUAUGACAAAAUCAAUCAGAAAUCGAGUCGAUCUAGAAGGAUGUGAAGGAACACGCUGUAAACCCACAUCAGAAAAACCAAAUCUGGAUGGAGAUUGGUUUAAUUUUUACCUGUUAAUAAUACUGUACAUAAUACAAGGUAUACCUGUAGGAUUGUCUGGUGCUCUUCCAAUCAUUUUACAGAGUAAAAAAAUGGUGACUUAUGAAGAUCAAGCUGCAUUUAGUAUUUCAUUGUGGCCUUAUAGUAUGAAACUUUUGUGGGCUCCAGUAGUAGAUGCACUCUAUGUUAAAUGCAUAGGUAGGCGUAAAUGUUGGAUAAUACCGCUCCAAUUGUUAAUGGGGUUACUGGUACUUUACAUGGCCAGUAACAUCGACGAUUGGUUACCCGAGUCAGGAAAACCAAACCUAAAAAUGUUAAUAAUCGUGGUUUUUGUGGUUAAUAUUUUAUCAGCUACUCAAGAUAUUGUCGUCGACGGUUGGGCAUUGACUAUGCUGGAUAAGAAGAACGUGGGUUAUGCCUCAACGUGCAAUUCAGUGGGAGUACCGUUUGGAAUGUUCAUAGGUUCCGUUUGUUUCACACUGCUCGUGUCAGAUCAAUUCAAUACUACUUAUUUUCAAGCUACGCCUGGCGCCGGAGGACUAAUUUCUAUGAAAAGUUUUUUAUAUUUUUAUGGCACCAUGACUUUGGUGAUCACAUCUAUAGUGGCCAUAUUCAAAAAAGAAAAGGAUAGCAGAUUAGAAGAUGGAUACGUAAAUAUCAACGUAUUUCAGAAUUAUAAAUUACUAUGGGAUAUUUUGAAACUACCACGGAUUAGAGUGUUGGCAUUAGCUUUACUGACAACUAGGAUUGGGUACACUGCAACAGAUAGUGUAUCAAAUUUGAAGCUUAUUGAUGCUGGUGUAUCUAAAGAUGACAUUAUGAUAAUUACUACAGCUCUUUAUAUUAUAAAAUGCAUAAUGCCUAUAUUUGUAUCUAAGUAUAUUACUGGCCCGAAACCGAUGAGUUAUUUCCUCAAAAUAACACCUUUCAGAUUAAUUUGGUGUACUACUUAUGUUGUACUGAUUUAUUACACACCGAGUUUGAUACGAAAAGAUGGCCUUGUCACUGUACCAACAUAUUAUUAUUUUAUAAUGGGAUUAGUUCUAAUAACAAACGAGGUACUGAAUUUUUUCAUGUUAUUAACUUUGUUUGCUUUCUUUUGCCGAUUGAGUGAUCCUCGUUUUGGAGGCACAUAUAUGACGUUAUUCAAUACAUUUUUCUAUUUGGGAUUCUUACUAUCCAAUACUUUGGUUUUGAAACUGGUCGCCUUUUUAACUUUUAGAAAGUGUUCGAAUAAUGACCAGAACAGCUGUACAACUACAGAUUUAAAUAAUCUAUGCAAAACCAAUGGAGGAAGUUGUGUUGUAUCUGUUGACGGAUAUUAUAUAGUGGUUUUCAUAAGUUUGAUCAUUGGGUUUGUUUGGUACGGUGUUUUUAAAAAUAUAAUCAAGAAGUAUCAAUCUUUGAACGCUUCUCAUUGGAUGAUAAAUAUCAAACGACCUGUAACAGCAGUCGAAUCAUGCCUUAUACCCACGUGAUUAAAGAUAAUGCAACUAUUAAGUGUAUCACCAUGUACAUUUUUACAAUGUCAAAAGUAUAAUACGUUUUUGAAAUUCGUAGUUUUUGAGACAUUUUAAAUCCGUUUUCAAAAAAAAACUACCAUUAAAAAAUUUAUUGUAUGUACACUUGUAAUUAUUGUAAUUAUUUAAGUAAUCAUCUCAAUAUUAUAGAAAAAUGAAAAAAGUUUAA